AAUUUUCUAAUCCAUUUUAAAGUUGUAAAUUUAUAUUAAGUUGUAAAUUUAUAUUACGGUGUAAAUUUAUAUUUUCGGUGUAAAUGUAUGUUUUACGGCGUUUGGGUGUUUUGAGUGGUAAAAAUUUGUGUUUGGGGUUCCAGCGUAGAGGCGUUAAAUCCUUUAGGGACGUUGAAUUUAUCUCCAAAGUGACAGACGAAUAUCAAAAAAUAUUUGAGGACCCAAGCCCAAAUACUAAAAGAGAAAGAGAUGAAAGAAGGAAACAAGCCUUCAAAUACGUCUACUAUAAUCCAACAUUCCUACAAAGAUUACUAAUAUUGAAGGCUCGGUUUUUUGCAACGGGGUGGAUUCACCUUUUAACGGCUGUCCUGACAUACUCUGGAGUCAAAUUCAUGUUCUGGCUGGAAAAAUACACAAACAAGGAUCGAUACUACAUAUGAUACAGUUUAUUAAUAUUCUAAAAAUUGUAAAUUAAUAAAAAUGCCGUGAAAUAAAUUUUUUAAAAAUUUUAAUUUUAUUCAUAUUUUU